AUGAAUGGAGAUGGAGAUACAAUCACAGGCAAGAAGGAUAUCGCUCUGCUGUCAACGACAAGACCCUCCAGAAGAUCCAUCGUGCGGUCCACUGCUGCACGCCGUUUCAGCCCCGAUGAACUGGCUGAUGAUGAUGAUGAAAAGUUCUUUUGGGCUGGAGCAACAUCUGCUGCGAGUAAUGGUGUUUGUUCUAACCGGCUCACAGCACUUUGGCAAACUGCUGCUCAAGGUGUGCGCACACCAGCAUCAUCCCUUGGGGUGCAUGACGAGGAGACUAUUCGUAAUGAAACCCUACAAAAGUUUUUUGAAGGUCUUGAUUUGGAUGGAAGUGGUCUGUUGGAACGGCAUGAACUGCAAGCAAUCUUGAUAGAAGCAUCCAAAACUACCAAGAUGCCCAUGGAUGAAUCUAUCAUUGAAGCAGCCAUUGAUGCCCUGCUGGAAGAUGUCCAGUCAGAGAAAGCUCUCAAAUCAAUGGCUCUGACGCGUGCUGCUGGCAACACUAGCAGUACUACUAGCUUUUGGGCAGCUGAUGCCAUCAAUCUAGAGCAGUUCAUUGACAUGUUCCACCGUCACCCAGACAUGUACAGGCUCUUUGAGACUGACAAGACUAGCAAGGAUCUUAAAGAAUAUGUCAAAACUCGCCAAGUUUCGCCAAAAGAACAAAAGCUGGAAAAUAAAGAAAAUGAACAGGCAUGGAGUUCCAGCUGGAUUGAUUGGAAUGUCACCGCAGCUUGGCUUGUUCUCUACAUCUUGGCUACGAUCAUUGCCUUUGCCACCAAAGCAUACAAAUAUGCCAACCACGACGAAGCUCAAGCUG